AUGGAAGAACGCGACGCUAAAAUGGACGCAGAUUCAAAGGGAUUGGAAGCUUCAUUACAAAAUUUGAUUCAACUUCACCAUCACAAGUCUCUCAUACUCGCCAAUCAAUCCGAGAAAUCGAAGAAAGAUGCAAUUAAGAAAGCGGAACGCGUUUCGGAUCUGUUGGUGGAAGCUGUGAAUGGCGGUGUUCAAAAUUCUUUCGUUUACCAAAAGCGAAUUGAGCUUGAAAUUCGUGCUCUUGCGGUUACGAUUACUAGGUUUACCAAACAAACGGAUCAGUGGCUUAAUGCUACUCAUUCUCUCAACACAGCUAUCAAGGAAAUUGGAGACUUCGAGAAUUGGAUGAAGAUCAUGGAAUAUGAUUUUAAAAGUAUCAGUGCAGCUAUACAAAACAUUCACCAAGACUGA